AUGGAGCACGGUAACUUCAAGCACUUCAACUAAACUUUCAUUUCUUUUGGUUUUAUAGUCAAACUGUUCCGGAAAAUGGGAUCGCAGAAAGUGUUCACGGACGUUCGCGAAUUUGUGAUGACGGAAGAGGAACAGAGGGAAAAUGGGUACAUUUACUUUGAAAACGAACAUUCGAGAAGGGCCGAGUACAAGAGGGAUAAAUGGAGUUCACUGGCAUUCAUGCCCGAUCACGGUACACUUGCCACGGUCUCCAGAGCUGAAAAUGGGCGCGCAAGUGCGCCCCGCCCAAUAGAGCGAUACAUUGGCGCGAAAUUAAAAUUUUAACAGCAAAAUUUGUGUUUUUUGCAAGAUUAGCCACGAAAAAUCGAUAAUUUCUCAUUUGUCUCACGAUAGACCGAUUGUAUAGGCCAUUACGAAUUUUUUAAGCGCAAGAGCAUCAAAUUUGGUCAAGUCGCAAAUCACAUUUAUCCGCUUGAAGGUUUUUGGCUAAAACUGCGUGAAUUUCAGUUGCUUUUCGGUAGUUUUCGCGGUUCGAGCGCUCAAAAUGCUUGUAUUUACGUGAUUUAUCAUUCUCAAAACCAAUUCUGUCGGAAAACGGUCAAGAAAGCGCAAAAUGAGAAGUGCGGUUUUUAGGCGGCGAUCGGCGGCGAAGGCGAAAAAGCAAAGUCGGCGAAAAAUGCGCCAAAGCGUCAUUAAUUCUGAGAAUUAGUGUGUUUUCAUGCUGAACAAUAAUUUUUCAUCGUCUUUGACCACAAAAAUCAGAAAAAACGUGCUCAAUUCAUGAAUUAAAACGCCAUUUGGCCGCCGAGGCCACGCCCAUAUUGUCAGCUCUGAAGACCGUGCACUUGCAAUCUCAUGGAAUUGCAUUCUAUAUGUCCAUCCCCAGACGACACCCGAAAAUGCACGCGAUGCUCGAGACUCUUCAACCGGAAAUCAAAACUGUUGCACCCGAAUGCGUGUCAAUUUCAUCCGUUAAAACCGGAAGUCCGCAAUGGGCUCGCAUUUCAUGCGUGUUGUGGAAAGAGGUGCGGAACCGCGAGGGGAUGCGUCCGACACGACUUCCACGUGCACAGACAGCCGACGGAAAGUGUGCUCGAACAGUUUGUCAGGACGCCCGCGCCCACUUCCACUGGCGACUUUCGCUCGAACAAGGUGAGCGGGUCUCGCGGCGAAAGGUUUGCAGUGACAGUCUUCCGGUGAAUCCCAUGCAUAGCUAGUGAAUUUUUGGAAUUUCCCGAGAGAAUCUGGAUGUUUCGUUGCAGAAUGAUGUUCUGAAUAAUCUGUCGGGACGUCUGUCUAGCCAAAAUUUCAGAAUGUAGGCUUGAGAAACACCGAUGGGCAAGGGCGGCUAAUUGAUUGAGAAUAGCCUUCCUUUCCAUUAUGUAUAGCAAUAAUCUUCAAGGUGUUCGCCCUGGACGUCGAAAUGGUGAACACGGAGAACGGAAUCGAAGCGGCGCGCGUGUCUCUGAUCGACCACAAACGAAGAGUGCUGAUGGACGAAUACGUGCGGCCGGAGGGACGGAUCGUCCAUUUGAACACCCGCUUCUCAGGCGUUCAUGCACAUCAUCUCGACGGCGCCAGGCACUUGGAGGAGGUCAGCAGUGUUUGCAAAAUGCUCGAAAUCUGUCUAAAUCCUGAAAAUCGGUUUUUGUUAGUUUUGGCAAGCAGACGGCUGAAAGUUUCGAAAAUCUCCAUAAAUUCGUCCGUUUUCCAGGUGCGCGCCUCGCUGUUUCUGUUCGUGAACAACACUUCGAUUCUGGUCGGCCACGGGCUCGCGAACGACCUCAAGGUGCUCCGUAUGGUGCAUCCGCGGGUGAUCGACACGGGCGUGCUGGUGCCCUCCGCCGGCGGAAACAUGUCCUCGCUCCGGAAUCUCGCAAUGCUAUUUCUGAAUCGGAGCAUCCACGAGAACCCGGAAAACGGGCAUUGUUCCGUGGAGGACGCCCGUGUUUGUCUACUCAUUUUGGAACAUUUGGCAAUGUGA